GGCGGGAGGCGCUGGGCGGCGGCGCAGAGUGCAGCAUGGCGUAUCCCGGGCAUCCUGGCGCCGGCGGCGGCUACUACGCGGGCGGGUAUGGAGGGGCUCCCGGAGGGCCUGCGUUUCCCGGACAAACUCAGGAUCCGCUGUAUGGAUACUUUGCUGCUGUAGCUGGACAGGAUGGACAAAUAGACGCUGAUGAACUGCAAAGAUGCCUGACACAGUCAGGCAUUGCUGGAGGAUACAAACCGUUUAACCUGGAGACUUGCCGGCUUAUGGUUUCAAUGCUGGAUAGAGACAUGUCAGGCACAAUGGGUUUCAAUGAAUUUAAAGAACUCUGGGCUGUACUGAACGGCUGGAGACAACACUUUAUCAGUUUUGACAGUGAUAGGAGUGGAACAGUGGAUCCCCAAGAAUUGCAGAAGGCCCUGACAACAAUGGGAUUUAGGUUGAGUCCGCAGGCUGUGAAUUCCAUUGCAAAACGAUACAGUACCAAUGGAAAGAUCACCUUUGAUGAUUACAUCGCCUGCUGCGUCAAGCUGCGAGCUCUAACAGACAGCUUUCGAAGACGGGAUACUGCUCAGCAAGGUGUAGUGAAUUUCCCAUAUGAUGAUUUCAUCCAGUGUGUUAUGAGUGUUUAAAUCAGGAGCAAGCUGUAUGAACAUAAUCCACAUUCCGACUGGAGUUCUCCUCUGCUCUCUGCCCUCAGUAAUUGUGUGCAGACUUACACAGCCACUUUUCCUUAGCAGCUCUUGUAAAGGUUUAUUACUUUAUGUAUAACUGAAGUUUUUUGUUUUGAUAAUAAAUGCUUUGAGAUGAUAUUAUCAUAAGAUCCCGUCUGUUAAACACCAUUUAGAACUUCCUUGAGCCACUGUUAAUCAAGCCUUAUUUUCUUGCUAAGCCUCUUUUAUGUAAAUUCAGGUGUGCCAGUUGUUUAAGGCACAUGAUGUAUUUUUCAUUGUAAGAUACUAAAACCUUUUCAUCAGACUACAGCUGUUGUCCUCCCCUCUUUUAGAAGGGCUUUUACAUCAGAGUGAAAGCUUUAUAUGUGAAGUAUUCUUAUGUAAAUGGCUUAUAUCCACUUGGUGCAUUUCAGUAUUUUCCGGGUUUUCUAUAAUGCAUGCACUUUCCUUUUACAAUCAGAAGAUGCUAAUUUUUAAAACAGUGAUAACAUCUAUUUUGAUACACCAUGCGUUCACACAUAUUAAACAAUACACACAGCAGAAAGACUGGAAAGAGUAUACAAAAAUGUUGAUGUGACUUCCCCUGGAAAUCAGAAUCAUGAGUUCAUUUUCCUUCUUCAUACUACUUUUCCAAAUAUUCUCUACUAGCAAGUAUUGAUACUACAUUUAUAUUAAUAGUAGACUUUUUUUUUAAAUUUUAAAUCAUAAGCUUUUAAGUAAGAUCUGAAUUCUAAUGCUGGCCGUGCCUCUUACUAGAUAGGUGGUUUGAUCAUUUUAGAUAAUCUCAGAGCCAUAAUACUUACCUCAUUAGGUAGUUGAAUAUGAAGUAAAUAUGAAAAAGUGUUGGCAUAAUAAGCAUCAAAACCUUUGUGUUUCUUAAAUUUAAAGCUGGACUGGUUUGUUCUUUUUAGCAAAAGAGUUUGACAAAACAAAUUAGUCUCCCUGCCAGCAAUUCAUCUCUCAGUUUAGAGAAUUACCAUUCAGAUGAUCAAUUAAUUGUCAACGGAUGAAAAAUAAAAGAUUUUCUAAGCA